GGUGCCAAAUAGACUAAAGAACUUCAAAAGCCACAAGCUACACAGUGCAAUGUGGCCUCAAACCGGAUCCAUUCCUUAUUUGGCUACACACAUUUGGCUACUCAGCCCACAGUGGGCGUGAUCGAAGCUUACAUAGCCGAGUUCUCCAGCGAACGCGAAAAUACGUGCGUGCCCUCAAAAUCGGUGUGGUCUCUGCCCUUUGACUUAUUCUCGCUCGCGAGUCACGACCGAACGCAUCGCCUCCUCUGUCGCCGCACACCCUCCCAUUCUCGACAGCGCCGCCGCCUCCCGCUCUGAGCCGCCGCCGCCUCCUUCUCCGAGCCGUCGUCGCAGAGGAUGAGAGGAAGUCUGCACGUGGCGAGUUGCCUCUCCAUGUCGAGGAACUCACCUAGCGACGUCGCAACAGAGCCGCCACCAGCUCCCGCCGAGGCUGCGGCUGCCCGGCGCUGGCGCCUCCUCCUCCGCUGCCGCCACCCGCCCGCGCGCCUCCUCUCCCCCUACUCCUCCUCCUCCUCCCCCGCCGGUCACGCCGCCAGCAGGGCCCUCUCCCUCUCCGCCCUGGCCAGCUUCCUCGCCGCGCGACGUUGCCCGCCGCCGAACACCGACAUCCUCCUCCCCCUCCGCCGACUACUCACCGUCCUCCGAUCUCGACACCGAGAGAUGCUGUCUGUGAUUGGAGGCACGGGAAAGAAGGCGACGCCGAGGGCGAGGCGCGGGCGAGGGCGAUUCCGGGAUGGCGAAGUCGAGGGCGCGCGCUGGAAACGAGGGAGAAAGCCACUCAUCCCACAGCGCGCCCGCGAGGCUUUCUCCCUCCGUCGCGCGGCUUGAAAAUCGCCCAAGAACGGGUUGCUUCAGUUGGACGCGCGGUCUUGCUUUGCUUGGGCCCGGCUGCAGACGUGGAUGGGAUUUUGCUGGUUUUGCCGACGUGUGUGGCUCAGGCUUGAAUGCCACGCCGACGCAUUGUAAAAGCCCUAACACAAGAAAGACCCUGUUUAGUUUCAAAGUUUUUUUUUUCCAAACUACUAACUUUUCAUCACAUCAAACCUUUCAUACACACAGAACUUUUCUAUCACAUCAUACCAAUUUCAACCAAAUUUCCAAACUUAGGUGUGAACUAUACACAGCCAAACUCUUGCUGGUCAAGUAAUGUAAAAAGCUGCACUUUUGACCAAAUUGGAAACUGCAUUCCUGCAGUCCUGCUACAGUCAGCUUCAUGCGUA